AUACUGGCUUAUAUAUAGGUCGACUGCGUGAGUCCUGCGCCAGUAAUCACGAUGGGAUUCCAUAGUGUAGUGAGCGUGUUGGCGCUGGCGGCGGUCGCCUUCGCCUCCGUGAAUGAUAACGCCCUAGGAGGCGGAGAGCGAGUUUACGUGGCUCCAGUUUUAGCUCCCCCGAGGGAAACAAGGGCUCACGUUACUGAUCGCUCGCGCCAGUUUCCAAUAUUAGUACUUCUCACCCAGGGAAAUCAACAGCCUAAAGUUUUGGAGCCUCAAGCCAAAUCGUUAGGUGUGAAUACACAACCUAUUUAUGUUCAGAAACUGGAAGAUCAAGAAAGACCAGUCCGUUCGAACAGACAAAAGCGACAUCUUACGAAGUUAUUAGGUCUUGGAGGCAUAUCAUUUGGUGGUGGAUUUGGAUAUGGCGGAGGCGGUGGAUAUGGAGGCCAUGGUGGCGGUUACGAUGGUGGCUACGGUGGUCAAGGAGGAUACGGCGGUCAUGGUGGAUACCAGGAACCGACAAAAACCAUUGUUGUUAAAGUCGUGAAAGAACAUGGAGGGCAUCAUGGAGGCGGAAAUUAUGGUGGCAAUUACGGCGGUGGUUACGGCGGCAAUGGUGGUGGAUACGGGGGCGGCGGCGGCGGCGGAUACGGCGGUGGUUACGGCGGUGGCUACGGCGGUGGUUACGGUGGUGGAGGCGGCGGUGGUUACGGCGGUGGCGGCGGCGGCGGCGGUGGCGGUGGAGGAGGCGGAGGUGGUGGCGGGUACGGCGGCGGAUAUGGCGGUAACAAUGGAUACAGCGGCGGCAACUACGGAGGGAAUGGGUAUAUUCAACCUGGACAUGGGGGCGGUUGCGGCGGCGGCUGCGGUGGUAGCCACGGCGGUGGUGCAACUGCAACUGCGACGGCUACUGCGACAGCUCAUGUGAAUUCUCACGCGUACAAAAAACGCUAAAUGAAAUUAAACCGUCUAGAUAAUAGUGUUACCAACAAGAAAAUUUGUUAUAUUAUAAAAUAUAUACAAAUUUUCAUGAUAUGUAUCCACUAUUAGUAUGAUAUAUUUUUAUAUCAAUAACAAGAAAGACAUUUUAAGUUCUUGGAAUCAAACAUUGAAACAAUAAAAAGAGAAUGUAAUCUACAUUCACAACAUUACAUUACAUUUCUUAUAAGUGCAAUUAUUGACAGAAUUUUGCAAAUAAAGAAAAGAAUGCAGUAUUAAGUUCGUCUUAGCGCCAUGUUUAAAGGAUGAUUUUAAUUUAAUUUUGUUUAAGCAUUAAUCUACUUUUACAAAUGUAAUAUAAAUAUUAAUAAAUAAAAAUGAUCACAGAGAAAAAAUUUUAUAUAUAUGUAUAUUAUUUUAUAUGAUUUAUUUACUUGUUGAAAUUGAUAAUUAUGUGGUAAAUACAAAAUGAAUUAGCGUGUGAAAUUCUGUAUGAAUAGGCAUACAGAAUUUGAAUGUCAACUAAUAUGUAUUGUAUACACUUCUUUAUUUAAAUUUCAAUUUAAUCUGUUAUUUUGAUAUGAGAAUAAAUAAAUACUAAUUUUCUACUAUCAAGACUAUUUUAAACAAGGAGUAGCUCUACAACACUAUAAUAAACUGCCAUUUAAUCCUCGUUUGUAACAGCAUGUAUAAAUAAAGUAUGAUGUUUAUACACUAUUAAGUUAAAUGCAUAAUUAUAGUAUGAUAAUUAACAGCUAUGACAACGAAUACGCCUUAUACUUGUUAAUCAUGUAGAUGUCUUUAGAAUGCAUAGAAUAUACAAAUUAAUUUGUUAGUCUUCAUUGUCACUUCUAUUCUAUUUUUAAAUAAAAGAACUUUUUUUUUAAUUGA